GCAACAGAGUGAGACCCUGUCUUAAAGAAGGGAGAAAGUGUCAGAUGGUGAUGAGGUCUGGAGGGAAAAUAGAGAAUGGGGAUCAGGGGUGUGGAUGGUGGUAUUCCCUCACCAAGAGAUGACAUGUGAGCAGGGAGCUGGGAGGUGAGGAUGUGACCCGUGUGGAAAUCGGAGGGAAAAGCAUUCCAGGCUGAGGGAACAGCCAAUGCAGAGGCCAUGAGGUGGCCAGUGCCACUGAGCAGUGAGCUGGGACAGGGGCAGGUGAUGAGGUUGGAGAGCGGGGUCAGACAAACAAUACACAUUAAAACAAGUUGUACAGCACCUGCCUCAAGCCUGAGCUGAAGCUGAAAAUUGGCACCUCAAAGCAGGAGGAAGCCAAGAGAUGGAGGAAAGUCCUCCUUCCCUACCAGAAUGAGUCCACCUCAGACAGCCAGACUUUGGACCUCUGCCUCUGUUCCUAGAUCUCUGUUGCUAGAUGAAGGAAAGGGCCUCAGGGGACCCAUCUUCAAAUCAAGGGCUCCCUGGCUACCAAGUUCUGUCUAGUAAAAAUUAUUCGAGCAGCGUGGGCCUGCCUGGCAUCAUUUUCUGCACGGUUUCUCAUUCUAAUUAAGGCACCGAUGAUUUGCUGUUAAGGCACUGGUGAGGGCUUGACGGGACCCAAUCCCCAGUGCCUGGCCCCUCACUGCUUGCAAAGCAGCAUCCUGGCCACUGGAGCAGUAGCCUCUGUUCAGCAGUGCUCACCACAGGCCCAGGUUCAAGUUUCUCUGCGGGCGCCAAGAUGAGUUGUGGCACCCCUGAUUUAUUGAUGAGUUAACAGAGCUUCGAGAUGUUUAUCCAGGGUAACCAACUAGUAGUCCUCGGCAGAGCUGAAAUCAAAGCUACCCUUUGAAACCCCCACCACCCUGGCUGCCUCUCCCUUCCUGAAGGCCAAUUUCUUUUUCUUACUAGCCAUCCCUCUGAAGUCUGCCCCUCGCCCUCCAGGAGAUCUGGGGCCCCAACCACAUCUUGUCGCGCCAGGGCUGGGAGUUUGGCACAGGGCAUGGACUGUGUGAAGGAACGCUGUGUUGGCCUGGAACCUUCCUGCGUCUGGUACCAGACUUUCAGCUGGGGGGAAAGGUGGAAGGUGCCCUUCCGCAGGGCCUAAGGUCAACAGGAGGCCUCACGGGAGUUCCAGUGACUUCUACAGGUGCCUAGGAGAAGAUCCCUAUUUGUUUCAAGGACCUGCCAGUCUGAGAAGUUUCUUGUCAUAAGGCCAUCCAGGGGCCACCCGCCCCUAUAUUGCCAGCCUCCAGCAUGCAGGAUACCGUAACAACAUCAGCAUUGUUGGACCCCAGCCACUCCUCAGUCUCCAUCCAGGACAAGUCCUCCACUGGAGGACACAUUUCAAGCACAGGCCCACAGCUCUCAAAGCCUUCAAUCACACCAGUCCCUGCAAAGUCCAGGAACCCACAUCCCGGGGCCAAUUUCCAUCAGAUGCGCCGGAUCAUUGCCGAGGAUCCUGAGUGGUCACUGGCCAUCGUGCCCCUCCUCACAGAGCUCUGCAUUCAGCACAUUAUCAGGAACUUCCAGAAAAACCCUAUCCUGAAGCAGAUGCUCCCGGAACACCAGCAGAAGGUUCUGAACCACCUGUCCCCUGACCUACCACUGGCUGUGACCGCCAACCUGAUAGACAAUGAGAACUACUGGCUCCGCUGCUGCAUGCAUCGCUGGCCCGUGUGCCACGUGGCCCACCAUGGCGGCAGCUGGAAACGCAUGUUCUUCGAGUGGCACCUGGAGAACCUGCUAAAGCACUUUAUCCCAGGAACCACAGACCCUGCGGUGAUCCUCGACCUGCUGCCGCUCUGCCGGAAUUACGUGCGCAGGGUCCACGUCGAUCAGUUCCUUCCGCCGGUGCAGCUCCCGGCCCAGCUCCGGCCAGGCGGCCAGUCCGACUCAGGCAGCGAGGGAGAGAUGGAGGAGCCCACGGUUGACCACUACCAACUGGGCGAUCUGGUAGCUGGCCUGAGCCACCUGGAGGAGUUGGACCUGGUGUACGAUGUCAAGGACUGUGGCAUGAAUUUUGAGUGGAAUCUCUUCCUCUUCACCUACCGCGACUGCCACUCCUUGGCAGCUGCCAUCAAGGCAUGCCACACCCUCAAGAUCUUCAAGCUGACCCGAAGCAAGGUGGAUGAUGACAAGGCACGCAUCAUAAUUCGAAGCCUUCUGGACCACCCAGUCCUCGAGGAGCUGGACUUGUCACAAAACCUCAUUGGGGACCGUGGUGCACGAGGUGCCGCCAAGCUGCUGAGCCACAGCCGCCUGCGUGUGCUCAACCUGGCCAACAACCAAGUGCGUGCGCCCGGUGCCCAGUCCCUGGCUCACGCUCUGGCACACAACACCAACCUCAUUUCUCUCAACCUACGUCUCAACUGCAUCAAGGAUGAGGGUGGCCAGGCUCUUGCCCAUGCCUUGCAGACCAACAAGUGCCUCACCACGCUGCACCUCGGUGGCAAUGAGCUGUCUGAGCCCACCGCCACACUCCUGUCACAGGUGCUCGCCACCAACACCACACUCACCAGCAUCAACCUGUCCUGCAACCACAUCGGGCUGGACGGUGGGAAGCAGCUCCUGGAAGGCAUGUCAGACAACAAGACCCUCCUGGAAUUUGACUUGCGCCUGUCAGAUGUGGCCCAGGAAAGUGAGUACCUCAUUGGCCAGGCCCUCCAUGCAAACCGAGAAGCAGCCCACCAGCGGGCCUUGAAUCCCAGCCACUUCCUGUCAACCAUCACUGCCAAUGGCCCUGAGAACUCUGUGGGAUAAAAUGACCUGACUUGGAUCAUG